AUGCUGGGAGCUGACACAACGCAGUCCGCAUCGCUGCUUGCGGCGACGGAGCGUGUGAAUCUAGGAUCGAAAUCAAUGACGAUGCUCCGGGACGCGUCGUAUGGUUUCGAAUGUAGAAGAACGGUGCGCAGCCCCAAGAGAUCAACUGGUGUGAAGUGUAGUGUUCAGGAUUUAUCCAUUGAUGUGGAAAUUAAUGAUAUGAAUAUAUCUGCUGUGCUGAAAGCCCAAAGUGGCCGUCCGCUCAACUCUGGUGAAUGCGUCAUAAGUAACGCACAACAAAUGAAAACUUGCUCCAACGUCGACGUCGGUGGGCGCUCCCCGUCUGACUUCAUCGGCCACAGGAGUGGCCGGCGGGUUAUGUGUCUGAUGAGUGAUACUGGUGGUGGACACAGGGCAAGUGCUCAGGCUCUCAAAGAUUGCUUUGAGCUCAUAUACGGGGACGAAUUUUCUGUACACAUUGUCGAUCUGUGGAGUAGUAAUUCCCCUUGGCCGUUUUCUAAAAUGCCAAAUAGUUACUUUUUUCUCGUGAAAAAUCCUUGGCUGUGGAGGUUAAACUUCCGCUGCUCAGAGCCCCGUCUCCUGCACGAAAUCAUGUUCAAGGGAUACACCGUGAUUGUAUCAAAGCACUUUGCGCGGGCAUUUAAAGAAAUCGACCCGCAUCUGAUCGUCAGCGUUCACCCUUUGAUGCAACACGUACCGAUGCGUGUCUUACAACAGAUGCACAAGCAGUCUUUGAUAUCCAGAGUGCCUUUUGCCACUGUUGUAACUGACCUCACACGCUGUCACGCGACAUGGUUCCAUCGUUCAGUUGAUAGGUGUUUCGUGGCCACUAAUCUUGUGGCUGCUCAGGCUAUGCGACUCGGGUUGAAGUCUGAACAAAUCGCGUGCCAUGGUCUUCCUAUCCGACCCUCGUUCAGUGCACGUAGGCAACUUUCUAAACAUGAACUUCGAACGAAAUUGGCACUCGACACAGACGCCCCAACAGUUAUGCUCGUCGGUGGUGGAGAAGGUAUGGGUAAGCUUCAAGAAACUGCGGAAGCUUUAGCACAAACAUUAAGGAGCACACACCAAGUCAUCGUGGUGUGCGGUCGCAAUUUGAGACUAAGUGAUUUCUUGCAGUCAAAGGUGUGGCCACUGAAAAUGGUGGUGAAGGGAUUUGUUCAUAAUAUGGCUGAGUAUAUGUCUGCUUGUGACUGCGUUAUCUCAAAAGCGGGCCCGGGAACGAUCGCUGAAGCUAUGAUCUGUGGGGUUCCUAUUGUCUUGAACGGCUGCAUUCCUUGCCAAGAGGAGGGCAAUAUUCCCUUUGUGACUGACAAUAAAGUUGGAGCAUACAGUGAGAACCCGCGUACGAUCGCUCAAAUAGUUGCCGAAUGGCUAGCUCCUGAGAAUAAUGCCGAACUUCUCGCAAUGUCCUCCAGAGCACGGGCUCUGGGACGCCCCGAAGCUACGUUUGAUAUCAUCCGAGACCUCGCCGCCCUUGUGACUGAGACACAAGAAUGCGACUGA